CACUCUUACAGUGAAAUAAAAUUUGAUAAAUUCUGUGCAUUCAAGCUUCACACAAAAAAAUCUAUACAUACAUAUACAUUUGUAUAUUUAUAUACAUUUUGUAUAAUUUUUUGAAGCUUUGAUUCUGCUAUAAUGGACGCAGCUUCACAGCUGGUCUACGGCAGAAUUGAUCCUCUGCGUCGCUCUUCACUGCCUUCUCGUGGUCUCUAUUCUUCUUCAUCAUCAUCGUCAUCGAAGAAGUUGAGGAUUCGGCGAAAAAACGGCGCCGUUCGGGCAAUUGCGACGGAACCUAAGCCGUCGGAGUCAAAGACGACUUCUAAGCCGGUCAACGGCGUUCCUAGGCCAGUCAAUGGUGCUUCUACUUCUACAAGAAUGCAGGAUGUAUCACAAGAGAUCAAAAGAGUGAGAGCACAAAUGGAAGAAAAUGAGGACUUAGCCAUACUCAUGAGGGGGCUUCGAGGUCAAAACCUGAAAGAUUCCUUGUUUGCUGAUGAUAACAUUGAGCUUCGUCUAGUGGAGGUUGAUGAGAGCAGUGAGUUCUUGCCCUUGGUUUAUGAUCCUAAGAGCAUUUCUGCAUAUUGGGGUAAACGGCCACGUGCUGUUGCUACCCGUAUAGUCCAGCUAACAUCUGUUGCUGGAGGUUUUCUUUCGCGUCUUGCCUGGGACGUGAUAAAUAAGAAGGUUAAAGAGAAUGAGAUUGCUCGAGCAAUUGAGUUGAGGGAGAUUGUAACAUCGCUGGGUCCAGCAUACAUAAAGCUAGGGCAAGCAUUAAGUAUUCGGCCAGAUAUACUAUCACCUGUUGCGAUGACUGAGCUGCAGAAGCUUUGUGAUAAGGUUCCAUCAUUUCCAGAUGAUGUAGCUAUGGCCCUUAUUGAGGAGGAAUUGGGAGAGCCGUGGAACAACAUUUAUUCUGAGCUUUCUCCAUCCCCAAUUGCUGCUGCAUCCCUUGGACAGGUGUAUAAGGGUCGGCUGAAAGAGAAUGGAGACUUGGUUGCUGUUAAAGUACAGAGACCUUUUGUCCUUGAGACAGUGACAGUUGAUUUAUUCAUCAUACGGAACUUGGGGUUAGUUCUUCGCAAGUUUCCCCAGAUUUCCAUUGAUGUGGUUGGAUUGGUGGACGAAUGGGCUGCCCGCUUCUUCGAAGAACUUGAUUAUGUGAAUGAGGGGGAAAAUGGAACACUUUUCGCUGAGAUGAUGAAAAAAGACCUUCCUCAGGUUGUUGUCCCUAAGACAUAUAGCAAAUAUACUUCAAGGAAGGUUCUCACAACAGGAUGGGUUGAUGGAGAGAAGCUAUCACAAAGCACAGCAAGUGAUGUAGGUGAUUUGGUAAAUGUUGGAGUCAUAUGCUACCUUAAGCAGUUGCUUGACACUGGUUUCUUCCAUGCGGAUCCACAUCCAGGGAACUUAAUACGUACGCCAGAUGGAAAGCUAGCUAUACUUGACUUUGGUAAGAAGGUUCAUCUGGCAUCCUCUUUCCCCUAUAUUUUUUGUGAGAUCCCAUUUAACAAGAACGACAUGAAAGCAUUUCAAUGUCAUUGGCUCUUUAGUGCUUCAUGGCACUUAAUUAUUACCGUUUCAGAGAACAAGAAAAAAAGGCUUCGUGGCACUUUAAGUUGCUGUUCAUUGGGAUGCUGUAAUGGAAGAGUCAUAGAGAAUGUCCAAUUGCUGAGUACUCGAGUUAAUAGNCUUGCCAAAGUUUUUGAUCAGGCACUUGAAGGUGGGGGAGCAAAAAAUCUCAACUUUCAAGAGCUGGCAGCAGAUUUGGCACAAAUAACAUUUGAUUAUCCAUUUAGAAUACCACCCUAUUUUGCUUUAAUAAUUCGAGCAAUAGGCGUGCUGGAGGGCAUUGCGUUGGUGGGAAACUCCGAUUUUGCUAUUGUGGAUGAAGCUUAUCCAUAUAUAGCACAGAGACUGCUAACGGAUGAAUCUCCACGGUUACGGAAUGCUUUACGGUACACAAUAUAUGGGAAAUCUGGUGUGUUUGAUGCUGAAAGAUUCAUAGAUGUCAUGCAAGCAUUUGAGAAUUUCAUAACUGCAGCUAAGAGCGGAGGUGGGGAGAGUUUGAAUGGGAGAAUGGCAGAGCUUGGCAUUCUGCAAAGUCAAACAAAUAGCAUUAUUCCUUUUCCUUCAAGUGCUUAUCAGGCAGAUCAGCGAGUUCAAACCAGAGCUGCAUUAGCAUUUCUGCUCUCUGAUAAAGGAAAUUUUUUCCGUGAAUUCCUUUUGGAUGAGAUAGUGAAGGGUAUCGAUGCAUUAACAAGGGAGCAGAUGGUGCAAAUAAUGGCAUUCCUUGGAAUUCAAAAUGCAAUUCCAGUAUUCAGUAUGGUUCCUGCUUUCGUACCUAUUAAACCUGCUGCACUUGUACCAUCAGUAACUGAGGAGGACAGAGUCAUAUUAAACAAUGUUCAAAAAGUUGUUCAAUUCUUAACUGCUGGGACUGCAUCAAACCAGGGUUUGGAGGGAGCAACUGUUCCUAGAGUGAUCCAGGAGAUUCUCCCAGUUCUUCCAGGCUUCUCGGCUAAGGUUCUUCCCGAGAUUCUUAGUAGACUUUCUUCUCGUGUAAUGGCACGCUUGAUACGAGAUGCUCUUUUGUAAUUCUGAUACUCUAACUUUACAGUUUCCACUUCCUGAAUUGUGCAUACAUGAGUCACAAACUUGAGAGUAUGUAGAAAUAGCAAAAAUGUAUUUAUUGUACCCUUGUGGGUUUACCGAUCAUACUGACUAGUAUAGUUUCUGUAAUAUAUCAGAACAGAUGUAAAGUAUAAUACAUUGAAAGAAUAUGAUACUAACAGCAAUUCCCCUA